CUGUUUGCAAUUUAUAAUCUUUCCGUGCGUUUUUUGUGACAUUGAAUGAACUUAGGUAGCUGGUUAGAUUUGUAUCUUCCGUUAAUGAGAGUUUUGUCACUUUGUCACUACAUAUUUAAGCUUCUGCCCUUGGGCAAAUCAGUUAAGAAUAUGACUGUAGCCUUUGCACUACCGUGUACCGCGUCAGUCAUUACCACUAGAGCCUUCUCCGUUGAACAGACUAUAACUAGCUUUAAUAAGUAAAUGGUUACUCAAUCGCGAUUUGCAACAAUUUUUCCAUUAGUUGCAGAUGAACUGUCGGAGCUGUAGUGAAAUUAAUUAUUAUUAACACUGUUUUAUGUUGACUGGAUUACAAUUUAAAGAAAGUUUGUUUUAAUCAAAUUUGUGUGAAGUGAUAUACCUGUGACCUAUGUGCGUUAUAAAAUUUAUAAGAAAUUUACGAGGUAGACAUUGGUGAUUCAAAAUGGGCAUGAUAGAGGAUUCCGAGGAUCUGUUUGACUUUUCCCAUGAUCAUGACCACAGCCAUGACAAGACUGAAGUAAAGCCGAGAAAGUAUGAAGUGGUAUAUACUAAUCUAUUGACUUUUGGUUACGGUCAUAUCGGCGCUUUGUACGGACUUUACCUCGCUUGUACCGUCGCUAAAUGGACCACGAUAUUUUUUGCCCUAGGCCUGUACUACGCAGGAAUCCUCGGCAUAACAGCGGGAGCGCACCGGCUGUGGUCGCACCGCACCUACAAAGCCAAGAUGCCCUUGCAGAUAAUCCUCAUGAUCCUCAACACGAUAGCGUUCCAGAACACAGCCUACACCUGGAUCCGGGACCACAGGCUUCACCACAAGUACAGCGACACGGAUGCUGAUCCCCACAAUGCGACCCGAGGGUUCUUCUUCUCCCAUGUCGGCUGGCUGCUGGUCAGGAAACAUGAGGAUGUCAAGAAGUACGGGAAGCUGAUCGAUAUGAGCGACAUUGAGAAUAACCCGGUCUUGCGGUUUCAGAAGAAAUACGCACUGCCGUGGUGCGGGAUGGUCUGCUUCGUUCUGCCGACGUUAAUCCCGAUGUACUGUUGGGGGGAAUCCCUGAACUGCGCCUGGCACAUCGCCGUGGUUCUCCGCUACGUGGCCAACCUCAACGUCACAUUCCUCGUCAACAGCGCAGCCCACAUCUGGGGCUACAAACCCUACGAUAAAAACAUGCUGCCAGGAGAAAAUAUCUCGGUAGCUAUUGCCUCUUUCGGGGAAGGAUUCCACAACUACCACCACACUUUCCCCUGGGAUUACAGGGCGGCGGAACUCGGCAAUAACAGGUUAAAUCUGACGACUGCGUUUAUAGAUUUCUUUGCGUCUAUCGGAUGGGCUUAUGACCUGAAGUCGGUGACCAAGACACACAUAGAAGCUAGGAAGAAGAGAACGGGUGAUGGGUCAAAUUUUUCGUGGUUAGACAAGGAAACUGUUACGGAGGAUCAGAAAGACAGAUAGUUAUUUAAAACGCCAUAGUGUUUAUGAUGAUUAACUAAAUUGCAUUCUAUGUAAUUGUCAAUCGUAGGUAUAUGAGCUGAAAUAUUUUAUUGCUUACAUCAUGUCUUACAAAUGAAUUUAUGAGUUUUAUGUCAAUUUUUUAUCAAGGUAAGCAAUUACUCAAAAUUUCACUAACAACCUAUAUAGUUAAUGAAAAAUAAAAAGCUUGUAAAAAUAUGGAGUAGAUAAUAUCCAAUCAGAAUGAAAUAUAUUUCCAUUCUCUGUUAAAUACUUUCCGAUAAGUAAUUUUAGCAGACAUACGAUCAAUGCGAGUGCUAGUAUUAUUAUUUAUUUAUAUUUAAGUUCAUAAAAUAUUAUAAAUGUGAUAAGUAAAGGUAUUGAUAAGAUUAAAUAAAUUUUAGUA